UUUGCAGUUAACCAUUGCUCAAAUCUCACCUUUCUAUCUCUCUCUGACUCUCUCCCCUUUGGGACAAAGAGAGAGUGGAGAGCCCAUAUCCAGUACUGUAACUCCUGUUGCUUGGCCAGCUUUAUGGCCAACAUCUGCAUCAAGUACAGCCACGGGGGCCAGCAGCAGGCAGCAGCGCACUGACUCUGCCGCGGUCACCUCACGGGUUUCGUCUGUUGUUCCAUAAUUCCAUUAUACACAUCGGUGCAUCGAUCGCCAUGGAUGGAUUCUUGAUCUUGAUGGGAGCGGCAUGGGAGCGAGUGCCUGCAACAAGUUAAAAGAAGCUCGCCUAGCUCCCUGUACUCGCCACGCACACCACAUUCUGCAUUCUCGUUCUUUGAAACAACCAGUCAAAGCUAGCUUCGUUUGUGGCCGCCUGUUGUUGGGAUUUUCCUUGAUGAGUUCUUGAUCAGGUCUGAUUGAUCUGGAAGAUGAGCAUCCCGCACUUGUUCAGGUGCCCGAUCAGCCUGGACAUCUUCACGGACCCGGUGACGCUGCGCACGGGGCAGACGUACGACCGGCAGUGCAUCGAGCGCUGGCUCGCCGACGGCCACCGCACAUGCCCGGUCACAAUGCAGCCCCUCGGCGAUGCGGCGCUCGACGACCUCGUGCCCAACCGCACCCUGCGCCACCUCAUCGACCGCUGGCUCUCCGCCGCCACCGACCACCGCCUCCCGUUAUCAGCCGCGGGAGACGACGACGAGGAGCCCUCGCUCGCGGCGCUCAAGCGCUGCCUUCUCCUGCAGCCGGACGCCGCCAAGGUCAUCAGCACGCUCAAGAAGGUCCUGGCGCUGGCGUCGGAGUCGGACGUGGGCCGGGCCUGCAUGCUCCAGCUGGGCUUCCUGCGCGUUCUGCUCCCGCUCGUCUUCCACGCCCCGGCGCGGGCCGAAUGCCGCUCGGAUCAGGCGGAGGUGGAGGAGCUCGCGCUGCGGUGCGCGCUCAGCCUGAUGCCGACGAACCCGGUGGCCCCGGAGCUCGACUGCCUCAACGUGCUCAAGAGGGAGCCGUGCCUGGCGUCCUUCGUCCGGCUCCUGGAGCGGGGCAGCGCGAGCGCCAGAGCCGGGCUGUGCCGCGUCCUCGAGACCGUCGCCACGGCGGACGCCACGCGGGACGACCUCGCGCUCCUCGUCGCCGCCUCGCCGCGCGUCUGGGACGCGCUACUCAUGCCGCUCCUGUCAUCCGAUGCCGAUCCGGAGCACGAGGCAGAGGCCGCCGCGGUGCGCGCUGUCGCGGCAGUCGUGCGCGCGUCCGAGCCGGCGCGCGGCAGCGCCGUCAGCCACGGCGCGGUCGGCGCGCUCGUCAGGCACCUGUCGAAAGCGCGGAAGGCCACCGAGGACGGCGCCGCGGCGAGCGCGCUGGCGGCGGUGGAGUCGCUGGCGGCGGGGUCGGAGGCCGGGCGCAGGGCGGUGGCGGGCGCCCCGGGCGCGACGCGGACGCUCGUGAGGCACGUGUUCAGGAUGGCGUCGUCGAGCAGCGACGCCUGCAGCGAGAACGCGGUGGCCGCGCUGCUGGCCGUGUGCGGGGAGUCGAGGGCGGCGCGGAGCGAGGCGGUCGGGGCCGGGGUGGUCACGCAGCUGCUGCUGCUGCUGCAGAGCCAGUGCGGCGCCAGGGCCAAGGCCAAGGCCAGGGCGCUGCUGAAGCUGCUCAAGUCCAAGUGAAUGAAUUAGAGCUACAGUAGCUUUUAUUUGGAAGUUAAUUCUGGAGUUACGGACUUAGAUGUUCUUGUAAGCUGUAAGUUUGUGAGUCAAGAAUGUCUCCCAAUGCCAUGGUCCUCAAGGCUGUAUAACUCUGUAAGGCUGAAGAUCGAAUGAUCAGUCCAGUUAUUCCGUGACUGGAAACUAGAA